UCAGCGCGACGUCCGAGUCGCCGCUCCGCGAUGGGGGAGGGGACCGCAGGGCCAGGACCCAGGUCCUUGGAGACGCGAGCCCAAAGAACCCAGGGAGGUCCGGUUUGGGGCGGCAGGAGAUGGAUCCAGUCCCAGUCCCUGGCGCUUCUACCUCCCAACUGCUCCUCCUCCCGCAUCCCCACAGUACCCCUGCCUCACAGCGGGCUGUGGGUCCAAUCAGGCUUUCCCCUCGGAUUCCUCUCUAGGACUGAACCAAGACUUACCCGAAGUUGCCGCGGGGCCUUCCGAUCCCCUAGGCCAUCCCCUAAGUCUGGCCAGGCUGAUGGUACCAGCGAGGAGUCUCUGCACCUUGACAUUCAGAAACUGAAGGAGAAGAGGGACAUGCUGGACAAGGAGAUCUGCCAGUUCAUAUCUGAAGGCUACAGUGUGGAUGAACUGGAGGACCACAUUACCCAGCUUCACGAGUACAAUGACAUCAAGGAUGUGGGGCAGAUGCUGAUGGGCAAACUAGCUGUGAUCCGAGGUGUCACAACCAAAGAGUUGUAUCCAGAGUUUGGGCUGGACAUGAAUGACUGAGCAGGCUCAUCGCCCCUUGUCCACAGCCCCAGGGACAGAAGGGUGUGGAUAUGAUAAAACGCUGAGAGCCCAACCAGCACACCUACAGAGUUUCCAGUGAGAAAAUGCCAGAAGCACUUUUCUAGAGAGCCCAAGCCCAAUCAGGAGGAGGCUAGAGAAGAGGCGGGCAGGGAGGAAGGGGCGUUCCCAGCUCCAAGGUUCCUGAAAUGUCGCAGUGAUACUUGUGUAGGGGUACAUGUACUUUAUUUGUCAAUAAACAUAUCUGUACACUGA